UAGAAGGAUAGCCCCCUAACUCGAAGGGGCUGUAGGAGGAGGAAGAUGGGACCCCAGGACUGAGCAGGGAGGAAGCUUUCAAGGAAUUCCCGGGGGUGGGGGCGCCCCGGAGCUUGCUAUGGAAGGUGUGCAGUUGGAGUCUUUUUUUGGCAUGUGGUCUUUUCUUUUUAAUCUUUUUAGCUCCAGAGGUCGGGGUCUGAUCUCUAAGGAGUCUGAUUCUUUUACCUCUGAGUGUGUGUGUUGGGGGGGGGAGGAUUUUGUGGGGUUCAAACCUGAGAUUGUGGGGUUCACUGGCUGUGGGGCAACCUGGUGAUCCUGGGAUGGGAUGUAUGUACCCCGCUCCACAGCUCUGGCGGGCAGGAAGAAAGAAAGGGUGAAGCCCAGCAAAUGUGGCCAGACACAGGGGUGGGGUGGGAGCUGAGAUCCGAGAAGAGCCCCACUGCCCGCGACCCUCCAACCUGGCUCCUUUCUGUGCCUAUGCCCCCCCCCCAUUGCACGGGGAAUCCCCUGGGUGGAGAACCAGAGGAGGGUGUGUGUGUUUGCGCGGGAAUUAAGAAGGAUGCGCUUGGCGUGACAGCUGGGCUGGCUCGCCUCGGGACGGUCCGCACCCGCUUGGGGCACUUCCCUGUGCCUGUUGCCGCCGCCGCCGCGAUCGGCGAGCCGUCGGAGCGCAGGAGUGAGAAGCAGCAGCAGCAGCAGCGCCGCCCGAAGCUGCUGGCCGCCCCGGCAGGAGAAGUGAAGGCACCUCCGGAUCUGCAUGCCGUGAGCUCCCCGAAGAGGAGGCGCCGCCGCCGGGCCGGGCUGGGGGGCCACUCCGAGCGGGCUCGCCCCAGCCCUCCUGCUCCUGGGGGGAGGCACCUCCUCCUCCUCCUCCUCCUCCUUCCUGCGGGGCGAUCUGUCAAACUCCCCCCCCUCUUCUCGUGCCAGCAGCAGCGGCGGCAGCAGCAGCGAGAUCGGGGCUGUCCUCCCGGCUGCUCUCGCUCCCCGUGCCUCCGCCUCCUUCUCCUCCUCCUCCUCCUCCUCCUCCUCUUCCACAUCGUGCAUGCCCAGCAGCGGCGGCGGCGGCGGCAGCGGCAGCAGCAGCAACAACAACAAAAAGCUCGCCCUGCAGCCCAGCCUGGAGCAGCUCCUCCUCAGCCCGGAUCGAGGGGGCUGAAGCAACUCUGCCCACCCCCAGCCGGCUGGCUCGCCCUCCCGCCCUGCCUCCAGGCGCUGCCCGCGGACGCAGCCGGCCAACAUGCCCAGGAGGAAGCAGCAAGCGCCCCGGCGCGCAGCAGCAUAUGUUUCGGAUGAACUGAAGGCAGCUGCGAUGGCAGAAGAUGACCUAGAACCUGAUGAGAAUGCAGUUGAUGGAGAACCUUCAGCAAAAUACGUCUGUCCAGAGAAGGACUUCAGUAAGAACUGCCAGAGCUAUCAGAACUCUCCGGCUGCUGAAUUUUCCAGCCACGAAAUGGACAGUGAGUCACACAUCAGCGAAACGAGUGACCGGAUGGCCGAUUUUGAGAGCAGCUCCAUCAAAAAUGAGGAGGAGAGCAAAGAGGUUUCGAUACAGCUGGAGGAGUCAGUUGUAUCGGACAGUCUGGAACAAAUGAAAGCUGUCUAUAAUAACUUCCUCUCCAACUCGUACUGGUCCAAUCUGAACCUGAAUCUCCACCAGCCAACCUCAGAGAAAAACAACGGGAGCAGCAGCAGCAGCAGUAGCAGCAGCAGCAGUUGUGGAAGCGGCAGCUUUGACUGGCAUCAGACAGCCAUGGCAAAAACUCUGCAGCAAGUGUCGCAGAACAGAAUCCUUCCGGAGCCCAGCCUCUUUAGCACAGUUCAAUUGUACAGACAAAGCAGUAAGCUUUAUGGCUCUAUAUUUACUGGAGCUAGUAAAUUCCGCUGUAAAGACUGCAGUGCUGCCUAUGAUACUUUAGUAGAAUUAACAGUGCACAUGAAUGAAACGGGACAUUAUCGAGAUGACAACCAUGAAACGGAUAACAAUAACCCCAAAAGAUGGUCCAAACCUCGUAAACGCUCUUUGCUUGAAAUGGAAGGGAAAGAAGAUGCCCAGAAAGUAUUAAAGUGUAUGUACUGUGGUCAUUCAUUUGAAUCGCUUCAAGACUUGAGUGUUCACAUGAUCAAAACAAAACAUUACCAAAAAGUGCCUCUGAAGGAACCCGUAACCCCCGUAGCAGCAAAGAUUAUCCCAGCCACUAGAAAGAAAACAUCAUUAGAACUGGAACUUCCAAGUUCUCCAGAUUCCACUGGUGGGACACCAAAAGCAACAAUCUCCGAUGCCAAUGAUGCACUUCAGAAGAAUUCCAAUCCAUACAUUACUCCGAAUAACCGUUAUGGACACCAAAAUGGUGCCAGCUAUGCCUGGCAUUUUGAAGCAAGGAAAUCUCAAAUUCUCAAGUGCAUGGAAUGUGGGAGUUCCCAUGAUACUUUGCAGGAGCUCACUGCCCACAUGAUGGUGACGGGACAUUUCAUUAAAGUCACCAACUCCGCCAUGAAGAAAGGGAAACCCAUUAUAGAAGCUCCAGUCACACCAACAAUAACAGCUUUGCUUGACGAAAAAGUACAGUCUGUCCCACUUGCUGCCACAACGUUCACUUCUCCUUCCAAUACGCCAUCUAGCAUCUCCCCAAAAUUAAAUGUGGAAGUAAAAAAAGAAGUUGACAAGGACAGAAUAAUUACAGACGAUAAGAUGAAAGAUAAAGAGAAAUCAAGUGAAGAUGAGGAAAAAUACGAUAUUUCCUCCAAAUAUCAUUAUUUGACUGAAAAUGAUUUGGAAGAGAGUCCAAAAGGGGGCCUAGAUAUUUUAAAGUCCUUAGAAAAUACAGUCACAUCAGCUAUUAACAAAGCCCAAAAUGGGACGCCAAGCUGGGGAGGCUACCCCAGUAUCCAUGCCGCCUACCAACUUCCCAACAUGAUGAAGUUGUCCCUAGGUUCAUCAGGGAAAAGUACACCCUUAAAACCUAUGUUUGGGAAUGCUGAAAUAGUAUCGCCAACUAAGAGCCAGCCGCUAGUUUCUCCACCAAGCAGGCAGACGUCCCCCGUGCCGAAAACUAACUUCCAUGCCAUGGAAGAACUGGUCAAGAAAGUCACCGAGAAAGUGGCCAAAGUUGAAGAGAAAAUGAAAGAGCCAGAAGGAGGGAAGCUUUCCCCACUGAAGAGAACAACGCCGUCACCAUGUAGUAGUGAGGUCAGCGAGCCCCUCAAGAUGGACACUUCCAAUGACAUUGGGUUUAAGAGCCAACAGAAUAGCCCCAUUUCUCAGCGGGAGAGCUGCAAGGACAGUCCAACAGGAGAACCGAUGGAAAAUGGCAAGGAGCUCAUCAAGGCAAUCACAAGUACAUUGAGUAGCAGCACAGCGAUUAUUACUGACCACCCUCCUGAACAACCGUUUGUCAAUCCAUUAAGUGCAUUACAGUCUGUAAUGAAUAUUCAUCUUGGGAAGGCAGCGAAGCCCUCCUUGCCUGCCCUGGACCCAAUGAGUAUGCUUUUUAAAAUGAGCAACAGCUUAGCAGAAAAGGCUGCUGUGGCCACCCCACCCUUACAGUCCAAAAAACCGGACCACUUAGACCGUUAUUUUUAUCAUGUCAACAAUGACCAGCCCAUAGAUUUGACGAAAGGCAAGAGUGACAAAAGCUGCUCUUUGGGUUCAGCGCUUUUGUCAUCCACAUCGGCGUCUUCGGCAUCUUCUUCAUCUACAGUGACAACGGCAAAGACAUCUGCAGUUGUGUCAUUCAUGUCAAACUCGCCGCUACGCGAGAAUGCCUUGUCAGAUAUCUCUGAUAUGCUGAAGAACCUGACAGAAAGUCACACAUCAAAAUCUUCCACACCUUCCAGCAUCUCUGAGAAAUCUGACGUUGACGGGACCACAAUAGAAGAGCCAGAAGAGACGACCCCAGCUCAGAAAAGGAAGGGGCGCCAGUCCAAUUGGAACCCUCAACACUUGCUCAUUCUGCAAGCCCAGUUUGCAGCCAGCUUGAGGCAGACGUCAGAGGGGAAAUACAUCAUGUCAGACUUGAGUCCUCAGGAGCGAAUGCACAUUUCUAGGUUUACGGGACUCUCCAUGACCACCAUUAGCCACUGGUUGGCCAACGUGAAAUACCAGCUUCGAAGGACAGGGGGGACAAAGUUCCUUAAAAAUUUGGACACUGGGCACCCAGUGUUCUUUUGUAAUGACUGUGCUUCACAAAUCAGAACUCCUUCGACAUAUAUCAGUCACCUCGAAUCGCAUCUAGGGUUCCGGCUACGAGACUUGUCCAAACUGUCCAGUGAACAGAUUAGCAACCAGAUAGCACAAACCAAGUCACCCUCCGAAAAACUUUUGGCACCUUCACCGGAGGAAGAAAUUGGAACCUCCUACCAGUGCAAACUUUGCAACAGGACUUUUGCGAGCAAGCAUGCUGUUAAGCUCCAUCUCAGUAAAACACACGGCAAGUCUCCCGAGGACCAUCUUCUGUAUGUUUGCGAACUGGAGAAGCAGUAGCAUUUCCUAUUGACAAAAGACAAAAACAAAACAAAACCCUGCAACUGUACUUUGCUUUGAGGAAAACUGUCAAAGACGCCUUAAAGCUACCUUUUCUGUUCUUGGCACAUAGUUCUUAUUUUAACUCUGGGGUGUCGCUCUGGCCUGAAUGACUUCUCUCUCUUUUUGUAUAACUGUACAGUGUUUAAUAGAGGUGCAUAAUCAGCUGUUGUUACUGGUAAAAUAUGAAGGUUAAAACGCAGUGGUAAGUGUUUGGAACUUUGUGUAAAAUGGGGUUUAGUUGCUGUGCAUCCCUCCGAUGCCUCAAGCUGCAUGCAUUAACAAGACCGUUUAAUUAAGCAUUUAUUAACGAAUUCUGGUGCACUUUUUUCAUGGCGACUUAAGUGUGCUGGUAGUUCUCACCCUGUAAAUCUUUAGCCCUCUGAGUACUUUCAAGCACUUUUGCUUUAAUUUGGUUUUUUGAAAAGUAUGGAUAUGUUUGUGGGUUGUUGUUUGUUUUUUUAAAUUAAAAAUUCCCCUCCAGUUUAGGACACAUCCAGACAACCCUAAGAAUGGGUUUGAACAAGAAGGGCCAUCAACUGAAUGUUCCUUAUGUAUCUGCUUGGCUAGUUUUCUUAGCAAUGUUUGGAGGGGACCUCACAUUGUCGAUUAUAGGUUCACACUUACUGUGGAAUCCAAGUUUUGUGCAACCUCCCUCAUUCCCAGAAGCACAUGAUCCCGCUUCAGCCCUCAUGUGAGUGCCUCCUUCCUUUGUAGGUUAGGAUAUUGGUUGCAACAUUCAAACCCACCAAUCUCAGCAUGUCCUCACCAGUGUUCCCUCUAACAGGGAUCCCCAGAUGUUGUUGACUACAACUCUCAGAAUCCCCAAGCAAAAGUCAUUACAGCUGGGGAUUCUGGGAGCUGUAGUCAGCAACAUCUGGGAAUCCCUGUUAGAAGUGACACUGCCAGGGAACCCGAGAUCUGAACCCAAGGGUUGACGUUCAUUUCAGAUCUCAGUUUCCCUGGAGCACCUAGGUUAGGAUAUGCCAAAAUGGGUGGGUCAUGCCUAGUCUCAAUAUAUCCCAGCCUACAAAGGAAGUGGGCACUCACACAGGGAUGGGAAGGCAGGGUGCAUGUUCCUGAGGCUGAGGGAGGUUCUGUGAACCUCAGGUUCUGAGUUAAGUGUGAACAUGCCCAUGUGAAUUUCCCUUCAGAUGUUGCAUAGAGCUCCACCAGUUGGAUACACAAGUCAGUUGAGCAUCUGGUUGGCGGCACUUCCUGUGACAUCCAAAACCACUCUUAUUUCAGGGACCUAAUGCCUUGUUCCAGCGCUUCCAGUAUCCACAGUCCAGGUGUGCCGGACGCCUCAGCCCAUGCUGAGCCUUCCUUCUGCUGGUUCACAUGGCUGAUAUGGACCUGCAGUCAUCACAGUUGGUUUCCUGUGGUGAGUGGACUGAUGUCCCAGGAGGAAAGCUGCUUAUCUUUCCCCAGGACAUGUCCUGCCCAUCUGGCUGUGCAUGACAGUUCCCAACAAGGAACAUGGGAUGCUGCCGUCUGGACAUGCCCGUUGUUGGAGUUGACUGUUCGACCUCCAUAUAUGCAGGGGUGGCGCCCAUUUUGAAAUUUUAAAGUAUAUUAUUUUCACAUUGAAACUUAGCUGUAUAUAUUGUAUAGAUUUCAAAAUCCUCUUACGGGAAAAAAAUGUGAUUGUGGAUGAUGCCAUUUCUUCUUCUUCAACAUUUUUAUCAAUGAUGGUUUUUUUUGUACCUGAUAUGCUCCGAGUUUAAGUGGUACCUAUAAAUAUAUAAAUAUAUAUAUAUAAAUAUAUAAAAUAAUAAUGUAUAUUUCUUUUCUAGGUCAAAGGGUUUUCUUUUAACAUCUGAACAAUGUAAAUUAUAUGAAAGAUACAACAGAUAGCAUUUAUAAAGUAUUCAGAAACAUUAUUCUUGAAGCAAAGUAUGGUUGGUUUUGUUUUGCGAUACAGUACAUCUAUAUUGAUAGAGGUUCAUGUUUAAAUUAUACAUAUUUAUUAGUUGUUUGCUACCUUUUUAAAAAAGAAAAGCAUUCUGAGAAGAGAAGCCACGGACUGGCGUGCAUUAUACCUAUUUUGCACAACACAACUUUUAAAGGUAUUUAUGAGUAAAAUGAAUGAGGGGAAAAAAUCAAAGGAGAAAAUUCAAAAUCAACUCAGUGCUCAAAGGGUUAAAUCUAUUUGGGGGUAGGUGGGAGAAUUUAAAUAAAAGAGAAAAAAACCACCUUGUACUGUAUUUCCUAAACAUUGAUUUUAAAAAAGCCUUUAAAAUGUUUGUACUGUAAUACUUUGCUUAAAAGUUAUGAGGCAUUCUGUGAUAUAACCUUUUUGACUUAUUUAUAAGCACCCUCGGUUGUUAUUUCAUAUUGUAGAAUGCCUUCUCUCUUCCUUUCUUUCUCUCUCUUGCGCUCUCUCUUUUUUUCAUUUCAGUUGGUAACUUUCUGUUUUGUUCUUCCUAAUUAUUCUCCCAAGAUUUCAUACUGCAGUUUUAUCUUUAGGCAUAUGAAAGGUAACCCGUGGUUACCAGCACACUAAGUGAUUCUGUUCGUCUCCAUUUUUGGCAGUUAAUUUGCAGAAGUAACUGACAGCUGACACCAUAUGAGAAUCUAUGUGUACAAUGUUGGCAUGUAAACAGCACAGACCCAGAAUCGCACACUCUGUGCCCCUGUUCUGUUAUUGACAAUGUGGCACCAUUAUAUGACUCUUCAUAUAACCCUUUUUUUUCUACAGCCGCAUUAAAAUUGUCUUUUUUGCUAUAA